AGAGAGAGACAGAGAGAGAGAGAGAGAGAGUGAGAGAUACAUAAUACCCCGUGAAGACUAAAUGGCACAAGAGACUGCCACACACCUCUGCUGUCUCUUCCUGUGACUGAAGAAUCACCAUUCAGGAAACAUCUCUUGUUGCGGGAGCAGCAGAUACUUAGUGGAGUGGAUAUUACCUGCUUUCUCUAGGCUGAAGCCUGAUCGCCUUCUGAUCUCCUGAUCACCACAGCCUGCCAGCCGGCCACCAUGAGAUUCCCCAAGCUCCCCAACCCAGGUCUGGAUGACCGGAUCCCGUCUCAUCAGGAACUGGAGAGGAUGGAGAAGGAGGAGGCCGGGGACAGGCCCAAAUGGGACAACAAGACCCAGUACAUGCUGACCUGUGUGGGCUUCUGUGUGGGGCUGGGGAACGUGUGGAGGUUCCCUUACCUGUGUCAGAGCCAUGGAGGAGGAGCGUUUAUGAUCCCAUUCCUGAUCCUGCUGGUUCUGGAGGGGAUUCCACUGCUGCACCUGGAGUUCGCUAUCGGACAGCGCCUCAGGAGCGGCAGUGUUGGAGUGUGGACGGCCAUUAACCCAUAUCUGACUGGUGUUGGCGUCGCCUCCUUGUCAGUCUCCUUCCUGGUGGGCAUGUACUACAACACUAUCAUCGCCUGGGUGAUGUGGUACUUCUUCAACUCCUUCCAGAGCCCUCUGCCGUGGAGUCAGUGUCCUGUCAAUGCCAACCUGACGGGUCUGGUAUCAGAAUGCGCCCGGAGUUCCCCAGUGGAUUAUUUCUGGUACAGAGACACCCUCAACACGUCCGCAUCCAUAGGGGACUCUGGAGGACUGCAGUGGUGGAUGGUGUUGUGUCUACUGUGUGCCUGGCUGGUGUUGUACGUCUGCUGCCUUCGUGGCAUUGAGACCACUGGCAAGGCAGUGUACAUAACAUCCACUCUGCCCUACGUGGUCCUCACCAUCUUCCUGAUCAGAGGGCUGACUCUCAAAGGUUCUCUGGAUGGAAUAAAGUUCCUCUUCACACCUGAUUUGAAUGAGUUGAUGAACCCGUCCACCUGGCUGGAUGCAGGUGCCCAGGUGUUCUACUCUUUCUCCUUGGCCUUCGGAGGUCUCAUCUCAUUCUCCAGCUACAACUCUGUGCACAACAACUGUGAGCAGGACGCCGUCAUCAUCUCCAUCAUCAACGGCUUCACGUCGGUCUACGCUGCUACCGUCAUCUACUCCAUCAUCGGCUUCAGGGCCACAGAGAGGUUCGACGACUGUCUGGGAGGAAACAUCCUGGCCCUGCUGAACGCUUUCAGCCUUCCUGAGGGCAACAUCACAGAAGGCAACUAUGCAGAAUCCCUACAGAAUCUAAACGGCACCUUCCCAGAGAUCGUCCGGGGUCUGAACCUCAAGACCUGCGACUUGCAAACUUUCCUCAGUCAGGGUGUGGAGGGAACUGGUCUGGCCUUCAUCGUGUUCACAGAGGCCAUCACCAAGAUGCCGGUCUCUCCUCUCUGGUCCAUCCUGUUCUUCAUUAUGCUCUUCUGUCUGGGACUGUCCACCAUGUUUGGCAGCAUAGAGGGGGUCGUGGUGCCCCUUCAGGAUCUCAACAUCUUCCCUAAACGGUGGCCUAAGGAGGCGAUCACUGGUAUUGUCUGUCUGGUGGCAUUCAUUGUUGCCCUGAUAUUUGCUCAGAGUUCCGGUAACUACUGGCUGGCCUUGUUCGACAGCUUCGCCGGCUCCAUCCCUCUCCUAGUCAUCGCCUUCUGUGAGAUGGUAGCUGUGGUCUACAUCUAUGGCAUAGACAGGUUUAACAAGGAUAUAGAGUUCAUGAUCGGUCACAAGCCCAACAUCUUCUGGCAGGUGACCUGGAGGUUCAUCAGCCCUUUAAUCGUCUUAGUCAUCUUCAUCUUCUACUUCAUUACCAAAGUCAGCUCCAAUGUCACCUACAUCGCCUGGAAUCCAAGCUCGGCUGACUUCCCCACCCUGGAGGUGUUGGAGUAUCCCGCUUGGAUCUACGCCAUCAUCUUCAUCCUAGCAGGAAUCCCCAGUCUGCUGGUGCCAGGCAUGGCCAUAUUAAAACUCAUCCAGACACGCUGCUGCAACAAAAAUGUCUACAGAGCAGAAGUCGACACUGUCUCUGCCAAAGUUCAGAUGGAAAUGUCGUAGAAUACCACGCCGCCAACAUCAUGUGGGACAACACUAUGUUGGAGAAUAAAAAGCAGAGUAAGAAUCCAAAAUGAUUUGUCCAAAAAUGUUUGGGGUCAAUUCCAUUUUAAUUCAGUCAAUUCAGGAAGUUUAAGAAUUUAAAACAAAUCUAAAUUGAAACUGUUUAUAAACGGGCACUUAUCAACCUAAAUUUACCAAAUUGAAAUGUGAUUGACCGUAACCCUUUUGGUUAUGAUGCAAAGGAACUGAUUUAAGGACAGCCGGGAAUAUAUCUGAAAUUGGCCGCAAUGUCUCUUGAUCAUUCCACAAAGACCACACCAGUGCAAUGAAACUGCUAGUUGUAUUUAUCUAUGUGAUAAUCUAGAAUUUCACUGGCAUUUCUGUUGUGUGUUUUAUUUAUUAUUUUGUUGUGGGUUUCUGAUGCAAUCAACAUUCCAUCGGAAAAUGUUAUAAUUGUGCUAUUUUUGCUGUCUGAAAGUCUAACGACAUGUUCUUAUGAAUUAUGGUGCAGAACGUACAGAUUAAUUUAUAUUAAUAUACUAGACUUUCAUAACAUGUUUGAACAAAUAUUAAAUCUGAUUAAAACAUUUUUUUUUUGCCUAUGUCUACAUUAAA